AAGAAUCAGUUGAUCUCUUACAUACAGAGGGAUUGAUAUCUAAGGAUACAUUAACAGAAGUGAAGAGUUGUGGUUAUUCAUUGGUAGGAGAUCCAAUGUUACUAAUAUUAAGUGCUGUAGCUGAAGAUCAUAGCAAGUUAUGUAUUCUGACAAGCAUUCUAAUGAAAUCAAAGGAAGCAGUGUCUUUAGCUAGUGAUAUAAUAAUGGAAUAUGGAAAGUCAUUUCCUUCAGCAGUAACAAUCAUGCCAUCUUGUCAACAAGCAAGUACUUCAACAUCUUCAAGUAAUGAGACACACUUGGAAGAAUUCUGUGAGGACAAAUUAACAAUGUUUAGUAAUCGUCAGCUUAAGAGAUUAUCCUCUUCUCUCCUCACUUGUGAGACAAUCAAGUUUGUUCUGAAAUGGAAUCCAAGCAAGCAUUCUCUCUCCAAUAUCAAAGCCCUUCUAUCAAAAACAUUCAAGGAUAAUCAAGUGGAGGUGGUAGUCAUCAAGGAAGGGAACUCCAUCAUUGUUACUUGUUAUGCUCCUCAUUAUCUGAUGGAGAGUUUACUAGUGACAGCUAGAGAUAACAUUGAUAUGCUAAAGGAGAUGGGAUUGAUUAGUUUAACUAUUGGUUACUAUACUGUGUAUGAUGAACUUGCAAUUGAUGAGGAGAUGAAGAGUCUAAUGGUAGAGAGUGAAAGAGAUAAUUUACUUGAGGAGAAUGCUAAAUUGAAGGUUACAAUAGACACAUUAGGUAUCUCAUAUGAAGGUAGAGAAGUUGAUGAAAGCAAUAAGUCAUCAAUGCAAUCAUCAGAAUUUGAGAAGAAAGACAGCAAAAAGAAGAUGACAAAAGCAAUGCAAAUGGAAAUAGAUCGUUUACAAUCAUCUCUUCAAAGCAAAACAGGCCAUCCUGAACCCCCAGGAUGGGCGUGUCCCAGUUGUACUUUUAAGAACUUGCCACUUCGUCCCGGCUGUGAGGUGUGUGGUAGUACCCGUCCUGAUGACUAUCAGCCUCCGCCUAAUUAUGUUCCUACUGAUGCCGAAAAGAAAUUUAUAAACAAUAAUGAUCUACAAGAACUUAAUAAUUUUUUAGAGAACGAGAGAUUGAUGCAAAGACAGCAAGCAGAGAAGAACUAUAAAGACUAUUUGAACACUGAUGCUGUACCUGUGGUACUUAAUGAAGAAGAAUUUGAGUGUCCUGUUUGUUUCACUGACAUUGAUCCUGGAGAGGGUAUUAGACUGAGAGACUGUUUACACAUGGUCUGCAUGGAUUGUUUAAAAGGUACCAUUUUACAUUCACAAGAGGCUCAAGUCAAAUGUCCUUAUAUGGAUGAUGAUGGCGGAUGUGAGGAAUACAUUUCAGAUAGAGAAAUACGUGAAGUAUUGAAUGACGAGGAGUUGGAAUCAUUCUUUAAGCGAGGCCUUCGAAUAGCCGAGGCCACAGACCCUAACAGUUUUCACUGUAAGACAGCAGAUUGUCCAGGAUUCUGUUUUUAUGAAGGCAAGGUGAAUGAGUUUAAGUGUCAGAAUUGUGAUAAGCUAAAUUGUAUUUUGUGCAAAGCUCAACACGAAGGAAUGAACUGCCAGGAGUAUCAAGAUGACCUGAAGAUAAAGGCAGCUAAUAAUGAAGCAGAAAAAGAGACUCAAGCAAUGCUUGAAAAAAUGAUAGCUGAUGGUAAAGCAAUGCGUUGCCCAAACUGCAAGAUUAUUAUUAUUAAGAAGAUCGGUAGUGAUUGGAUCAGAUGUGUUUUGUGCAAGACAGAAAUGUGCUGGGCUACUAAAGGGCCAAGAUGGGGAUCAAAAGGUCGUGGUGAUAUCAGUGGUGGCUGUAGGUGUGGUGUUAAUAAUACCAGGUGUCAUCCUAACUGUAGAAAUUGUUUUUAGAAGUUGGGGAGAGGGAGGAGUGGCUCUCUUGUACUUAACAAAAA